CCAAUGGAAAAAUUAUUAAUCAAUAAUUAGAUAUGGUUUGAAAGUCAAGCCAACGUAUGUUCACUGGAUAAGGUGAGAAGAAACGUCGUUAGCUGUGUCGGCAAGGUUUCUCUUUAUUCACAUCAAAACAUCUCAACGUAUCGAUCCAUAGCCAUGGCCUAACAGCUGACAGGCCCACUCAAGAGUGAGAUUUUUGUUUAAGCCCUGUACUGUUCAUGGAAAUACACUUUGCAUUCCUUCAAAAUCAGAAGGCCUGCUAUGUAAAUGGAUCAGACCCAGUUCCAUGGCCCUAAUAUUACCCGUUCCAGAAAAAAAGGCCGACUUGUACUUGCAGUUCGUUAACGUCAUCGUCACGCCCGCAAAAUGCAAUAUGUCGUCGAAAUCAUUCCCAUCUCUUUCCCUCGUAGUCGUUGAACAUACUGUACAUUCAGAAGUGAAGAAACCCAAUGUCACCCCAAUUCUUCUUAUGCUUCUUCUCUUUUUUCGGUAUUCUUUCUCCAGUUCUUGCUCAAACAGCAAUUCUAGCGCCCAUCCACAAAGAUCCUGAUGCGCUUCUCUACACUGUCUCUGUUUACUUAAAAACUCCCCUCCAACCCACCAAAUUACACCUCGACCUUGGCGCAUCCUUCACUUGGGUCGACUGCUCCAAAGAUUACAACUCCACCACUUACCAGCACAUCCCCUGCGGUUCUUCUCUCUGCAAUUCAUUCCACACCUUCUCAUGCGCCAACUGUUACGAACCACCGGGUCCCGCCUGCUCCAAUAACAGCUGCUCUAUUUACCCCGAGAAUCCAGUCACUCGCCAGGCCACUCUCGCUACCGCACUCAUUGACUCUCUCGCAUUGCCGACUACAAACGGAUCAGGUCCGGGUCAAAUGGGUCUUAUACCCGAAUUUGUGUUCUCUUGUUCGAGAACUUUUCUUCUUAAUGGACUCGCUAAGGAGGUUGUUGGACUAGCCGCACUCGGCAGGUCCAACCAUUCACUCCCAGCGCAGAUUAGCAACGCCUUUUCUUCUCCACGCUGUUUUGCACUGUGUCUGUCAGGCUCAAUUUCAGCCCCUGGCGUGGCAUUCUUUGGAACGAGCGGGCCCUACAUAUUUUCACCCGGAGUUGAUCUCUCGAAAUCGCUAGUAUACACCGAGCUAAUAUUGAAUCCGGUGGGGAGCACCGUAAUAUCCUACAACCAGCAACCGUCAGAUGAGUAUUACAUAAACUUGACCAGCAUUAAAGUCAACGGAAAACCAAUUGAAAUCAACAUCUCGCAGCUGUCUAUCGAUGAGAACGGGUACGGAGGAACGAAGCUCAGCACCGACACUUCAUAUUCCACUUUAGAAAGCUCGAUUUACAAGGCUUUUGUCGAGGCAUUUGUAAAUGAAUCAGCUGGGUUGAACCUGACGGGAACAAGUAGAAUCAAACCAUUUGAUGUAUGCUAUCAAGCGAGUGAUAUUGUGAACACGCUUGUGGGACCGGGUGUCCCGACCGUCGAUCUGGUGAUGGGGAACGAAGAUGUAUUUUGGAGGAUAUUUGGAUCGAAUUCAAUGGUGAGGAUUGAGAGGGACGGCGUGGAUGCAUGGUGCCUGGGAUUUUUGGAUGGUGGGGUCAAUGCGAGGACGUCGAUAGUGAUAGGUGGGCAUCAGAUGGAGGAUAAUUUAUUGCAGUUUGAUUUGGAGGCGAAGAAAUUAGGGUUCAGCUCCUCCGUACUGCUCAAACGGACCACCUGUGCUAGCUUCAACUUAGGUUCGAAAUUUAUAUAGGGGGGUGGCGAAGGACCUGAAGGAUCAUAAUUAUAUGGCAAAAUCUUGCCGACAAGAAUGGGUGGCUUGUCAUCGCAAGGCAUUUCCACCCCAACCAUCACCAUUAUUAAUACAUGUAUCUGGCCCACUGCAGCUGAGCUUACAGCUUGCCACCGCCACCACCAGCAUUGACAAGUACUGCGUCUGUCAGCCUUUUAGGCACCUGAAUGUUAUCCAUAACAGUGGCGGAAUUCCAAGAUUUCUAUCUUUUACUUUUUUAUCUGUAAAUAGUAAAUUUUAUUUUUUAAUUAAUUUUUCCUUUAAAUAUUC